AGACCUGGAAUCAAGUGAGACUUUUAUCGAUACAUAAUCCGACAAUAUGGCCGAUCAGAGCAACAUCCAGUCCGCCGCCUCCAAGAGCAUCCGGCCCUUUAAAUCCAGCGAAGAGUACCUUUACGCCAUGAAGGAGGACCUGGCGGAAUGGCUGAACACCCUCUACGACCUGGACCUGAGCGCAGACACCUUCGUGGAUGGUCUGGAGACGGGCUGCGCCCUGUGUCGGCACGCCAACAACGUCAACCGAGCCGCACAAGACUUCCAGUUGGGGUACCCCGAGGCGGCCCAGUCCAUGAAGCUGCCUCGCAAAGACGUUGUCUUCCAGUCCCGCAACGUCAGCGCGGGUUCAUUCUUGGCUCGGGACAACGUGUCCAAUUUCAUCAGCUGGUGUCGUCAGGAGCUGUGGAUCAAGGAUGUGCUCAUGUUCGAGACCAACGACUUGGUGGAGAGAUGCAACGAGAAGAAUUUUGUGCUGUGCCUGCUCGAGGUGGCGCGUCGUGGCGCCAAGUUCGGCAUGCUGGCCCCCAUGCUCAUCCAGCUGGAGGAGGAGAUCGAGGAGGAGAUCCGAGACCAGCAGGGCGGCCUGCAGAUGGACCCCCGAGAGCCGGAGGUGCAGAGUCCACCCGGCAGGUGCUUCGGACGCAGAGAGAGCAACCACUGCGUGGAGGACGAGCCCGAGCCGGAACCUUUCACGUGGCCCCAGAAGAGAGUUUUGUGUGACAUGAGGAAUUUGGAUGAGUUGGUCCGUGAGAUUCUGGGCCGGUGUUCCUGUCCAGCUCAGUUUCCUAUGAUCAAGGUGUCAGAGGGCAAGUACAAAGUGGGAGACUCCAGUGCGCUGAUCUUCAUAAGGGUCCUUCGUACCCAUGUGAUGGUACGUGUUGGAGGGGGCUGGGACACAUUGGAACACUACUUGGACAAGCAUGACCCAUGUCGCUGUGCAGCCUUUGCCCACCGGUACCAUCAGGCCAAGGCCAGUGGCCAAAGUCAGGGAGGCCAGAGUAAGUCCUCAAGUGCACAUUCUUCCCGCUCAACAAGUCCUGGUCCACACUGGCGAAACGACGGCAUGGCACCUUACAAACCACCCGACAGACGCACGCUGGAGCCCUCAUCCACACCUUGUGCCUCAAACGCUUCCACAAGACCAAGCCACGCUCAGAACUUCUCUGCCCCUACUGAACCGGAACCGCGUACUGGUCUUCCACGACCACCCAGAGAUCGCUCGGAACCUCGAGCUUUCAACCCGCUGAGGAACAGGGAGACAAUGUUGCCCAUGACCAGACGUCUCUCUGGAGAUAGUGACUCUUCCACAGCGUCCUCCAAAGGAGGAGGAGGAGGAGGACGUCUCUCUCUUAGUGGGACGUCACACCGCUCUAGUGAAGAGGUUGUCUUACUUGUCAAUCGAAAGGAGGGUAAGCAUGUGAUUGAGAGGCCUGGAAAUCAUAGCACACCGCGCAGCUCAUUGCCCCGUGCACGCAGCCAGUCUCGGGAACGCUCAGUGAUUGCUUCCGCAUUGAAACCUAACCCACCUCAAGCACCUGAUGGAGUUCGAAACGCACGGACGGAAAGGGGCAGAUCUCUUGGUAACGAAGGUCCCAGAAGGCUACAUGCUCCUCGUUCGCACAGCCAGAGUAAGGUACCCGGCCAUACUCGGUCCAGUGAAGCCAUACCAGGGCCUGGCCCCAGUCAAGCAGCAGCGAGACGAGAGGACUCUCGCAAUAGACUGCCCCCGUCGUCUCCCAGGAUAAGUGGGGUGUUGUCAAAGAGGCAGUCAGCCUCGUGCUCCAACUCACCCAUUAAAGGAGUACAAACCAACAACAACAACAGCCCUAGUAAGAAGACAAUAAACACUCCCAGACCCCCUCGCUUACCCUCAACAGGAAGGGGCAGAAUGCUACCCCCAGUCACUGCGGCAGGACGGCGGUCUCCUCAUUCCUUGCCCCGGAAUUCUCACCAUCAUGCUGCCCACCUGCCUCGGUCAUCCCAAAGCACUCGACCAAAUGGACGAGGCCUCAGUAGAACCUGGUCUGGUCUGGGCCAUCAGGAUCCUGAAGAGGAAGGACUGGGCCCUGGGUUGGAGAUGCCGCCAACCCUGGACCCGCAGAGAGAGCAGGACCUGUAUCGCAGCUUUGAGGCUGAGUAUUUAGCUAACACACAACAAGCCAGAGGAGGGUCGAGUAGAGUAAUGGGCCAGCAUGGUUCCAGAACCCAUUCAGUACCUGUGCUCACUGAUUCUAAUAUCACAGAUUCUGCUUAUUCGUCCUCUAACUCCUCCUCUUCCUCCCUGAACGUGGGUGCAAAGAUAAGAGCCCUGCCGGACCUCAGGGAGUCCAAAAGGGCUAACCCCUGCCACUUUCCCUUAGAGGACCCCUUGAACUUACUUUACGGACACAACUUUGGCCAAGGGGAGUCCGAACACUGGAAGGAGCAUGGGACUGGUCUCAAAAAGCUCCCAGGCAUCUCGAGCUACACGGGACAGAAAACAUCCGUUUCUUGUCCAGGAAACACUAACCGUCUGGUGAAUCAGGUUCUGCCUCAAACUGUUCACUGUAAAAAUAUGAAUGGAGACCAUGGGUGUCAACAAGAUAAUGAAUGGCACAAAAACUCACAAGGAAAUGUUCUUCAGGAGACUCACCAGCCAAACUUACCAGAUGAUGUCCAGAAUAGCGAUGGUAGUGAUGACCUCCCUCCCCCAAAGGCCUGUCCCUCACCUGUCCCACUGCCCCUAUCCGAGGAUUGCUCUUUUCAGGACUCGUCCAGUGAAAACUCUUCAAUGUGCUUCAGCCUAAGCGAGUCCCACUCUGAAUCUCCCCCGUCAACAUCUCCCCUGGCCAAUGGCAACGCAGGGGGUGAGGGACUACACGCUAACAAAGAACAAAAGAAGUUGGAAGGCGUAGCCCUUAAUUCCAAACACAAACUUGCAACCAGAAUGAGGCCUCGUGCUGACAACGGCCCAUCAAACAACCCUUCACGAAUCCCCACACUGGUCAGCUUCAGAGAAGCCCAGGUUCAUGAGACACUUUCACCUUGCCACACGACACCCCUCUCCCCUCAUAACUCCCGCCGUCCUACUUGCAACACCUUACACCAGGCCAUCACUGAUGUAGGUCAUCCUCAACCCUGUUCUCCUGCCAUGGGCAACAAGGAUUGCACCUUCCCUGGAAAGUCAGGGAGCCUGGACACUGAAGCUUGCAUGUAGCACAGAGCUGUAGGGAAUAACACAAGUGGCUGUUGUCCUUACUGUUGACUACUGUGUAAAAAAAUUAAUAUACUUUGGACUGAGCUAUCGACUGUUUUAUUGCAUGUCACAUUGCUUUUAUUUUGCACUCCAGCCAAAUCAUUUAUUACCAAAGGAAUGGUGUUGAACAUGUAUUUUACUGUCAUUAUUUUUAAAGUGUGCUUGGGGAACUUUUUGCCAAUAAUAAGGUGUUUUUUUUGCUUGAAACUUAACAGAGCGUUAGAGAGCGCAUAUGUGCUGCCAUGUGUGCCAUGGAGGGGCAUGGUCAAGUGCCAGAUUUAAAGCUGCAUCAUUUUCCAUACACAAAACCUUACUCAAUUUAAUCGGUGCCCUCUUGUGGUUUGUCACGGCCUUGCAAGUUAAAAAACUGCUAGAAUUCUCCUAACCGGAAGUCUUCUUUGACUCAGUUUCUACAUAAUAUAUAUGGGUUCGAUUUUCUUUGGCACUUUUUCAUAAUUGUCUGUGGGUCAAUGAAGGUUAUAUUGCUUUGUUGUCAUUUUCACUGACAAAAAUGUGGAGUUGUUGCCUCCGACCAAACUACUUAAGAAUCCACACAUGUACAGGUUUCAGUUGCAUAGUAGAAAAUGAAUGUGUAAAUAAAUGGGUAGGUGCCCGCUUAGGCAUGUGGGCUAGGCUUUGUAUAUAAGAAUGCAAGGAAUAUAAUGUAAAUAUUGGCUAUACUAAGUCCUGGGCUGCCUUAGCUAUGCAAUUUUGGGUGGUGAAAUGCCUUGACAGUUCCCUUUGCCUUACAAUAUUUUCACAAUUUACGUUUUGAAUGUUUCUGUUAAAAAUCACAACACUACAUUGCCAUCAUUAAUGGUGAAGUAAUUUGCAGGAAUUGAAUAAGAAUGUUGAAAUUUACAAAGGUCAUUGCCCAGUUUAGAUACAUGUUAAUUCUUGUCCCUGAAUUCUAUUAUUUGGACAAUUUAAGAAAACAUUCAAGGAAAAAUAAAACCUAUUUGAGCAAAUUGAGCAUCUUUACAUUGUAACAGAUUUUAUUGUGGAAAGACGUACAGUACCCCUAUUUCAAUUCCCAAAUGAUCGAUCUUGGUGUCAUGUGAUACAUAGCAUCUUUCAGCAGUAUGAUGACAUUUGAUUGGUAACAAAUGACUGUAUCAAUCGAUAGGCUACUGUAGCCGGAAACAUAUCGGUAAUUAUAAACAUCAUUUUAUUAAUUAAAAAAAGAGAGAAUUGUUCCGUCAGGGCCCUGUGGACAAAGCUACAAAAUUAUGAAACAAAACACUGCUUUUUAUUUCAUGUCUCAAAAUAUUUUCGGAAAAAUAUUAUCUCUAGAGACAUUGCAGGGAAUUGACACACUGACUGGGCUUAAAAGGACUGUAUUUGUGUACAUGCUCUAUGAGUGGGAUGAAAGGGGGUUAAUGUUGGGUCUUAUUUAUUUAUUUAUAAAGUGAUGUUUCAUUGGACUUGCGUGGCACCCUUGGGCAAGGUACUGUAAAUGAAACAUCUUGAAGGAAAGCCAAAUUAGAGCCUUAUCUGUAAAAACUAUUAUUGAUCAAUCAUGAUUUUUAGCUCAGAUGAAUUCAAAUGCACAAUAUUAUUAGAACUGUUUCAAUCCAUUAGUAGGGGCAAGUUUUACAAAUGUACAGUAUGCUUUUAAUGUUCUAAAAGUUCUAAAUUGAGAGUUUCCCUCUGGAUUCAUCAAACAUAUUUUCAUUUGGUCUUCAUAAAAGUUUACCAACGAGGAAAAUAUCACCUAUUCAAAACAACUGUAAUUAGUCUGGGCUGUCAAUCUAAUAUCCUUAAAAAAGUUGAUCUUUUUGUCUACCCUGACCAGCAAAAUCUGAAUGUUCAAAAUUUCUUCUAUGAUAUUUUUUUUUCACUUGAGUCAAUCCAUUAAAUGCACUAAUUGUGAAAUUUUGAUGUACAAAAAUCUGCAAUAUUAUAACUGGGUUUCUCUUUCGAAGGUGAAAAUGCUGUUGAAUCUUGGAAUAAAAACUUUCCUUCUGAACUUUA